AUGGCUUCUUCAAACCCAGGAUCCCAUCCUCCUGCCUCCUGGGUCGUGGCGUUCUUGCUCCUGUGGCCCUUGGCUGAGGGUGGGAAGCUUUUGGUGGUGCCCAUCGACGGAAGCCACUGGUUGGGCAUGCGCCUGCUGGUGGAGAGGCUGGGGCAGAGGGGGCACGAAAUCCUGGUGCUCGCUCCAGAGGUGAACCUGAGGAUGGCCCCAUCGGUGCACUACACCAUGAGAACCUACUCCGUGCCUUACAGCAGGGAGGACGUGGAGGCAGAAUUUAAGAAGCUGGGCUACAGGAGUUUCACCCCUCAGCCCUUCUCGGAAAAACUCUCCAAGAUGGCAAACAUCACAGCCAUGUUCCUCGAGUCCUGCAGGCGCCUUCUCUCCAACAAGGAGCUGAUCGUGCACCUCGAAGAAAGCGAAUUUGACGCUGUCUUGAUGGAUCCCUUUUUCCCCUGUGGGCAGAUCGUGGCUGAACACCUGUCCCUGCCCAGCGUGUACCUGGCGCGGGGGCUGCCGUGCGGCCUGGACCUCCACGCCGCGCGCUGCCCCAGCCCCCCUUCCUACGUGCCCAGGUCCUUCACCAGCUACACGCAGCACAUGGCCUUCCCCCAGCGCCUGGGCAACCUCCUGGUGGGGCUGAGCAGCUCCCUGGCCUGCAGCCUGCUCUACUCACCCUACACUCCCCUGAUCCGGGAGUUCCUGCGGCGAGAGGCCACGGUGCCGGAGCUGCUCGGCCGCGCCGCCGUCUGGCUCACCAAGUACGACUUUGUGUUCGAGUACCCCAGGCCCCUCAUGCCCAACAUGGUCCUGGUCGGGGGGAUAAGCUGCACGAGGGAGAAAGCCUUGUCCCAGGAAUUCGAAGCCAUGGUGAACGCCUCUGGAGAGCACGGCAUCGUCGUCUUCUCGCUGGGCUCCAUGGUCUCUGAGAUCCCCAUGAAGAAAGCCACAGAAAUCGUGAAGGCCUUGGGAUCAGUGCCCCAAACGGUUUUCUGGAGGUACACAGGAGAGGCACCCCCCAACCUGCCAAAGAACGUGAAGCUCGUCAAGUGGCUGCCACAAAAAGAUCUCCUGGCUCACCCAAAGGCUCGUGCCUUCAUCACCCACGGUGGGUCCCACGGGGUCUACGAGGGCAUCUGCAAUGCGGUGCCCAUGCUGCUCAUGCCGCUCUUCGGGGACCAGAUGGACAACGCCAAGAGAGUGGAGUCCCGAGGGGCAGGACUGACCCUGAACAUCCUGGAAAUGACCUCAGAGGACAUCUCCACUGCCCUGAAAGCAGUUAUCAACGACAAAAAGUACAAGGAGAACAUCAAGCGCCUCUCAGACCUUCACCUGGACAGACCCAUCCACCCCCUGGACCUGGCAGUGCACUGGGUGGAGUUUGUCAUGAGACACAAAGGGGCUCCACACCUGCGACCUGCUGCUCACGACCUGAACUGGAUCCAGUACCACUCCCUGGACGUCAUCGCCUUCCUCCUCGCCGUGCUCCUCCUCUCCCUCUUCAUCUCCAUCAAGUGCUGCCUCUGCUGCUGCCGCAGGUGCUGCUGCAAGAAGGGCAGGACGAGGAAGGCAACCAAAGCAAAGUCCCACUAG